AAUACCCCAUGCUCUAUGAGAGUGAGGAAGAGGAGAUGGAUACCUACGCCGUGGAGCUGAACUCCUUUGUGGAUACGGUUCUUACCCAGGCGUACGAAUUAGGUCAAGGCCGCAACAUGAUCUUCUCUAGUUUCAACCCUGACAUCUGUCUGUUGCUUUCCUUCAAACAACCCUCCAUCCCAGUACUCUUUUUGACGGAUUCGGGAGCCUCCCCUAUUGGUGAUAUUCGCGCUAGCAGUUUGCAGGAGGGGGUUCGGUUUGCGUCCAGGUGGAACCUACUCGGUGUUGUUUCCCAGGCUGAACCAUUGGUACUCUGUCCUCGAUUGGUCCGAGUCGUGAAAGAGUCUGGGCUUGUUUGCGUCUCCUAUGGAACUUUGAACAAUGAUCCUGCGAAUGUCAAGGUCAGUGUGUCCGAUUAUUGGCCUGUUUGUUAGGCUUGGCUAAUAUUUCCACAGCGCCAAGUGUCCGAAGGCAUU